AUGGCUUCGCCCAGGGGCCCCAGCAGUGAGUGCUCCCAUGUCAUAGAUCACACCCACGUCCCUGAGUUCGAGGUGGCCACCUGGAUCAAAAUCACCCUCGUCUUGGUGUACCUGGCCAUCUUCGUGGUGGGCAUUCUGGGGAACAGUGUCACCAUUCGGGUCACGCAGGUGCUGCAGAAGAAAGGCUACUUGCAGAAGGAGGUGACGGAUCACAUGGUGAGCCUGGCUUGCUCGGACAUCUUGGUCUUCCUCAUUGGCAUGCCCAUGGAGUUCUACAGCAUCAUCUGGAACCCCCUGACAACGCCCAGCUAUGCCCUGUCCUGUAAGAUUCACACUUUCCUCUUCGAGGCCUGCAGCUACGCCACCCUGCUCCAUGUGCUGACGCUCAGCUUUGAGCGCUAUGUGGCCAUCUGCCACCCCUUCAGGUACAAAGCUGUGUCGGGGCCCUGCCAGGUGAAGCUGCUGAUUGGCUUUGUCUGGGUCACCUCCGCCCUGGUGGCGUUGCCUUUGCUUUUUGCCAUGGGAACUGAGUACCCCCUGGUGAACGUGCCCAAUCACCGGGGUCUGCCCUGCAACCGCUCCCAGACUCACCACCACCAGCGCCCGGAGACCUCCAACAUGUCCAUCUGUACCAACCUUUCCAGCCGCUGGACCGUCUUCCAGUCCAGCAUCUUCAGCGCCUUCGUCAUCUACCUCUUGGUCCUGGUCUCCGUGGUCUUCAUGUGCUGGAACAUGAUGCAGGUGCUCAUGAGGAGCGGCCAGGCUGGGGGGACCAGGAAGGGACAGCAGCCUCAGCUGAAGAAGUCGGAGAGCGAGGAGAGCAGGACAGCCAGGAGGCAGACCAUCAUCUUCCUGAGGCUGAUUGUCGUGACCUUGGCGGUCUGCUGGAUGCCUAACCAGGUGCGGAGGAUUAUGGCAGCGGCCAAACCCAAGCACGACUGGACCAAGACCUACUUCCGGGCGUACAUGAUCCUCCUCCCCUUCUCCGACACCUUCUUCUACCUGAGCUCUGUCAUCAACCCGCUCCUGUACAACGUGUCCUCGCAGCAGUUCCGCAGGGUGUUCGGCCAGGUGCUGCGCUGCCACCUGACGCUGCCCCACGCCAACCACAGCAAGCACCUGCGCACCCACGGCGCCUCCGCCGCCGCCAGCACCCGCUCAGCGCGCCGCCCCCUGAUCUUCAGGGCUUCGCGUUCCAACUCCUCUGCAAGAACGAACAAGGUUUUCUUGAGCACUUUCCAGAGCGAGGCCAAGCCCCAGUCUGAGCCCCAGCAUUUGAGUCUCGAGUCCCUAGAGCCCAACUCGGCAAUGAAACCACCCACUCCUGCCACGGGGAAUGGUUUGCAGGAGCAUGAAGUGUGA